ACGGUGCAAAAAGACACACACGCGCGCGUGUAAGACAAAAUGGGAGCGAAGGGUAGCGUAGAGGCUGCCAAGAUGAACGCCGAUGGCUGGGGCCACUUCGAGCGUGGCAGCCGUCACUACAGCCACAGACAUAAUCAGCGGUCCCAGUCGUUGAACCGAGGCCAAGCUCUUUCGCGAGCCGAUGUCAGUGGGAUGUGGUGACAGCAAGGAACCUCAGGAGGACAGGCUGGGUGCCCAAGUUG